AUGACUCUCACAAGUAGGAAACUCAUCUCGUAUUUAAAGGCAGCAUUAAGUAUUGAGCUGUAUCAGUCUUGCUGGCCCCCCAGCAGGGGGAGUCUGGUCCUCUCCCCUGCAAGACAGGGUGGCACCCAGCAGGGGGAGUCUGGUCCUCACCUGCAAGACAGGGUGGCACCCAGCAGGGGGAGUCUGGUCCUCUCACCUGCAAGACAAGGUGGCACCCAGCAGGGGGAGUCUGGUCCUCUCACCUGCAAGACAGGGUGGCACCCAGCAGGGGGAGUCCGGUCCUCUCACCUGCAAGACAGGGUGGCACCCAGCAGGGGGAGUCUGGUCCUCUCACCUGCAAGACAGGGUGGCACCCAGCAGGGGGAGUCUGGUCCUCUCACCUGCAAGACAAGGUGGCACCCAGCAGGGGGAGUCCUGGUCCUCUCACCUGCAAGACAAGGUGGCACCCAGCAGGGGGAGUCCGGUCCUCUCACCUGCAAGACAAGGUGGCACCCAGCAGGGGGAGUCGGGUCCUCUCACCUGCAAGACAAGGUGGCACCCAGCAGGGGGAGUCUGGUCCUCUCACCUGCAAGACAAGGUGGCACCCAGCAGGGGGAGUCCGGUCCUCUCACCUGCAAGACAGGGUGGCACCCAGCAGGGGGAGUCUGGUCCUCUCACCUGCAAGACAAGGUGGCACCCAGCAGGGGGAGUCCGGUCCUCUCACCUGCAAGACAAGGUGGCACCCAGCAGGGGGAGUCGGGUCCUCCCUCACAGAGAUUCGCAUAUGUAUCUGAAUGUACUCAUGAAAACUGUAAGUGGUAAGACUCUUUUGAGGUAUAUUUUAUCUUCUGUUUGAUACAUUAGGGACGUUGUUGGUGGAAAUAUGAUGCUCAGGAUCCAAACACCUGCCAUGUUUUUUAUUCCAGUCAAAAAGGUGUUGUUGACUUUUACACAUUCAUUGUUACACUGCUUUCUACUCCAUGGCCCAACAGGAAGAUGACGAGAUGUAUUCAGUGAUGUUUGUUCAACCACCAAAUAUUUGUCCUGGGUACUGAUAAAAAUGUUUCAUGCUUCAUGUUCCUCUUAAAGGAUUGUCUGGUUUUGCAAUUUGUUGGAUCGUUUUGAAAUUCUAAAUCCAGACUAACCCAGAUUGGACUGACUAGUCUGUUCCAAUGUUUCUGACUUAACCUUUCAUGUUGAUCACUUCCUGGCUGUGUGAAAACCAGUCCUAGUUCAUGAACAAAUAGUAUUGUCCUAUGUAUACAUGUUUAAAAGAUAUAUUUCCAAAACUGUUAAAUGUAACAUUUCAGGCACUGUACAGACAAACAUUGACUCGACUCCAGACAUGUCAGAUGGAAUGUCAUGUGACCAAUGUUUCAAUUUCUUGGGUAAAAGUUGUCAGUUUAGUUAUGGUUUAUAUUAGAUUUAGGGUGCAAGUUAGGUAAUUGUUUGUAAUAACAAACGUUGAAGAUCAUACUGUCAAUAUAUAUGGAAGCUGUGACAGCAGUACUCUGUUGCUGAACCUCAUUGAAAAGCAUUGUACAUAUCAUUUCUAUGAUAACAUCAUUUGUAUAUAAUGUGUUAGUAUUUUGGUAUAUCUGUAGAAGUCCCAGCUUAGAGAGGCUGUUAACUACUCAUGUUCCCUGUACAUAGGCCAGUUUGUCUGAAAGACAAUUCUCAACACACUGCCAAACUUGGAAGGAAAUCAUGUGUUGUAGUUAGCACCACCUAAAUGUUUUUUGCCCAACUUGAUACUGGUGUUUUCUUCUUCUUGAACAAACUGAUGACACCUUUUUAAAUAUUUUUAAGAAGUUUUGAAUUUGUAUUGAUUUUUUUGUAUUGAUGGUAAGGAUUGGGAGGGAGAGGGGGAGUGCCAAAAUGUUACAAACUUUUAAAAAACUGCUGUUUUGUCAGAAAAUGUUUGUUCAUCUUGAGUUGCCAUGGUUACUAGCUCUAUGAAUGUUCAUCUCCAACAUUUAGUCCUCAAGGGAGGUGGUAUGUACCCUUACAGCAGCGCUGUACUUACACAGCAUAAUAUGUAUCUAGUUACAGGUGGAAAACACCAAUAUUUCCUUUUGACAAAGAGGUUGAAUUUGUCCUUUCAUAAUUCUACAAAUCCAACUUUUCCACAACUAAAUUUCUCCAUCAAGGGGCAGUGUUCAAAGUAUAACACAGCAUAUGAUUUGGUAAGGAAUUUUAUAUAAUGUGAUAUUUAUUUAAAAAUUUACUGUUGUCCUUUGUAGAAAUUCCUAAUUUAUUGUAUGUAAUUAUGUUUGGAAAACUUGUUGAUCAGUAUUGUUGAUAAAUAGAGAUUGUAAAUGUGAAUAUAGCCCAGGUGAGAUGGGGCACAGCAUGUACAUAAACCUACUUCAUACACCAGAGUGACAACACUUAUGUAUGUUUCUGCUUCCAUGUUGCACACGUUGAAAUGGACAAUGUUUGCAUUUGCAAUUCACAUAAUAAUUUAUGACCCUUUACCAUAUUAAAUGUUGAUUGAUUCAA